UGGUUAGAGAUAGCAACCAUUCACCCACUUGAGAAAACACGAAGGCCAACAACGCCCUCCCUGAAUUCUCUGGAGGGCAAUUCCGUCAUUUGAAUAUUUCGGUAGUAAAAGGUCCUUUUUAAGACAAAGAAAAUAAAUAAAUAUAUGCACAAACGCUCAGAGGCAAACAACAUUUGUGGUUCUGCCUGCAAAUUUUCUUCCCUCAAUCUAAAUUCCUCAGGUGGUGUUCCUGUUCUCCAAAGCACCCCUGAGAUUCAUUUGCGGAAACUUGAAAACAAAAUAAAUAAUCAUUUCCAGUCUUAGAUUUCUUUUAGGUUUUUUCUUUUCAUCUUCCAAUGGCGUCCGAUGCCGUCACCGACAAGAACAUUGUCUUCAGGAAACUCAAGGCUAAGUCUGAAAAUAAGAUGUGUUUCGAUUGCAAUGCGAAGAAUCCUACCUGGGCGUCCGUCACGUAUGGGAUCUUCCUCUGCAUCGAUUGCUCCGCCGUUCACCGCAGUCUCGGCGUGCACAUCAGCUUCGUGAGGACUCUUGAUAUGAAUGCCAUAUGCUGUGCAGUAAGGCUCUCACCUACAAUCGCCUUGCAAGCUCUUUUAUUAGAACUCCUGAAAAGCUUUGAACCAUGUCUCAAACAUGAUUCAAAUCACGUAAGAUACAGGUCUUGUGUCUGUUGAUUGUUUGGAGUGCAGGUCUUUUAAUGGAAAUCAGCAUAACUUGGGAUAUGAUAUGGGAUUUGUAGUAAAAUGAUUUGGUGAUGACCUUUGUCAUGGGGAAUUUUAAUUUUAAU